AUGGCCACGCCAGGCAAAGCCGAGCCGGGCCCUCAGCCGCGGCAUCAGUGCCUAGGCUGCGACUACGGGGACUCGGUCGAUGAGCGGAUCGAGAAAGGCAACAAAGCUUUCAGCUUAGGAGAAUAUGACUUGUCAGCGGAGAUCUUCCUCUUAAUCUUGUCUCAGGUGACCCAUCCCGACCGAGCCCUGUGCCUGCAGAUGGGGAACGCGCUGGCCCGCGCGGGCCGCAUCGUCGAGGCCGUGGGUGCGUUCCGCGGGGCGGCGCAGCUGGGCGCGCUGGGGCCUCAGCACCUGAAGCACCUGGCCUGGGGCUUGGCGCACGUCGUCCGCGUGCAAGAGUGGCGUCUGCCGGCUCUGUACCCGGCCUGCGAGGCCGCCCUGCAGCCCGACGGCCCGCAACCCGACCGCACUCAGGCCCCGUUGCCGGCGUCAGCCACGCCCCGGGACUUACUGUCCUGCCCGGUCUGCCGGCGGCUGCUCGACAAGCCGGUGACCCUGCCGUGCGGCCGCACGGUCUGCAAGCGUUGCGUGAGGCCGGGCCCCGCGUCGCCCCGGCCUCGGCGAAUCUGCGAGGUGCUCGGCGACGUGCUGGAGAAGUGGUUCCCGGGGGAGGGCCGCGUGCGCUGGCUGGCGGGCCAGGCGCGGAGCCUACAGCGGCAGCAGCAGUACGAGGCCGCGCUGGCUCGGUGCCAGCAGGCCCUAGAGCUGGUUCCUAGUGAUAUUGCAUUACUGGUUUUUCGAGCGGAGUUACAUUUAAACAUGAAGAACUAUGAAUUGACGUUACAGGAUACCAAUGCAAUUUGUCAGAAGGAACCCUAUUACGUUAAGGGACAUGAGGUAAAAGCCCACGCUCUUUAUGGACUGGGAAGAAUCAGAGAAAUGUUGAAGGAGCUUCUCUACUGCCUUGCCAUAAAUCCGGACCUUAACUCAGUGAGGAAGGAAGCACAGAAGGUGAUUUAUGAGUUGUUUUUUCAGGAUUCAGAUAAUACGUAUCAAAAUAUAGCGCCUUCCACACUAAGCGAAAUGUUUAAUAUCAGAUUGACUCUUCAGUCUAGCAGCCCUAUAAAGACCCGGUCUUCUGUGGAAGAAGAGACUAAUGCAGGAAGUUCUAAGAAUCCAUGUAAGAAGUCGUAUGUGUUUAGAGAUCUCAAUUCUGCGGUUAAAUAUUUUCUAAUGGGUCUUCACUUCAAAGAGGAUAGAAAAAUAGUAGACAGUGUCCUUGAUGUGAAACCCAACACUGCUUUAAAGAGACCGCUUUCAAAUGAUCCAGUGGUAGUUCAUGACUGGAACAUCCUUAGGAACAUCUGGAGAAAAGAUUCCUCAUCGCAAAGGAGCAUGGGCUCUUCAGGGUACUCACUAGACUUGAUUGACUUUGCGUGUUUCCUCUGCAGGAGGUUGCUUUUUGAGCCUGUCACUACACCAUGUGGACAUACUUUUUGCCUGAAAUGCAUUCAGUGCUGCCUUGACUAUAUCUCAUUUUGUCCAGUGUGCAAAGAAACGCUUUCUGAAUUUUUGGCAAGCAGAAAUUUUAAUAUAACAACUUUGGCUGAAGAAUUAAUAGUUCGUUAUUUACCAGAUGAAUUGUCAGAGAGAAAAAGAAUUGAUAUUAAAGAAAUGUCACAACUACCAAACAUAUACAGAAAUGUCCCCAUCUUUGCCUGUGCCAUAGCCUUCCCAUCAGUCACUUGUCCUCUGCGUGUUUAUGGGGUACGAUAUCGGCUUAUGAUAAGAAGAUGCAUGGAAGCAGGCAUCAAUCGGUUUGGCAUGUGUUUGCCUACUGAAAACUCAGGGAUUUCAUUGUAUGGCUGCAUGCUGGAGAUUAAGGACCUCAGAACUUUUGCUGAUAGAACUUCAGUUGUAGAUGCAGUUGGAAUUAGUCGGUUCAGGGUCUUAAGACACUGUCGUAAAGAUGGUUAUAGCACUGCAGAUGUUGAGUAUCUUGAAGACAUAAAGGUGAAGGGCCCAGAGUAUGAAGAACUCGCCACUCUUCAUGACUCAGUUUAUCAGCAAUCUGUUUCCUGGUUUGCUGCUCUUCAGGAUGACAUCAAAGAAAAAAUUUCAAGUCACUUUGGGUUAAUGCCAGAGAGAGAAUCUGAACCACAGAGUAAUGUUACUGGUCCUGCUUGGUCCUGGUGGGUCCUGGCAGUGUUGCCUUUAGAACAUACGACUCAACUGGCUGUACUGAGCAUGACUUCGUUGAAGGAGCGUCUACGUAUCAUUCAGCGCAUACUAGUACUUGCUACGCAUAAGAUGAAUAGUGAAAAAUCGGCUAAUGCCAUCUAGAGAAACCAUUGA